UUGGAUCCAGUUAUAUUACCGUUUCUGGGUCCCACCUUUUCCUUUCUUCCCCUUUUCAAACUUCAUAUAAACCCUCACAACUCACUCCACCCUUCACAACACACAACAACUACAUUAACAAAACUCCUUCUGUUCCUCAAUUUUCUCUCACUUUAUCCUCAAAGUUUGUAAGAAAUCAUGACUGCUGAAACUAUGGUUCAAGAAGAAGCACAGAAAGUUGAGGUUGUUGUUGAAGAAGGUAAAGUUGUUGAAGAAAACGUUGAAGCAAAGGAAUCAAUGGAAGAAUCAAAACCCACAAAGACAGUUGAGAAAUGUUCAUCUUAUAAGGAAGAAAGUAACUUUCUUUCUGAUCUCAAAGAGUUUGAGAAAAAGGCUUUGAUUGAGUUUAGAUCAAAGGUUGAAGAAGCAGUUUUAGGGAACACCCUUUUUGAGAAAAAGGAAGAAGAGACCAAAAAGGUUGAAACUUUACCAGAAGGUGGUGAAGAGAGUAGUGAGAAAGUUGUGAAGGAAGAAGAAGAGAAAAGGGUUGAAGAGGUGGAGGAAAAAGAUUUGUCUUUGUGGGGUGUGUCACUUUUGCCAAGCAAAGGAAAUGAAGGAGUUGAUGUGGUUUUGUUGAAGUUUUUGAGAGCUAGAGAGUUUAAGGUGAAUGAAGCAUUUGAGAUGUUGAAGAAGACACUUAAAUGGAGGAAGGAAAUGAAGAUUGAUUCGGUUUUGGAAGAAGAUUUUGGUUCUGAUUUGGCUUCUGCUGCUUAUAUGAACGGUGUUGAUCGCGAAGGACACCCUGUGUGUUACAACAUCUAUAGUGUGUUUGAUGGUGAAGAGAUUUAUCAAAAGACUUUUGGGACUGAGGAGAAGAGAAAAGAGUUUUUGAGAUGGAGGUGUUCUGUUAUGGAGAAAUGGAUUCAGAAGCUCAAUUUGAAACCAGGUGGUGUUUCUUCUUUGCUUCAGAUUAAUGAUCUUAAGAAUUCCCCAGGACCGUCAAAGAAAGAGCUUAGAAUUGCAACAAAGCAAACUGUUACAAUGUUGCAGGACAAUUACCCUGAGUUGGUAGCCAAAAAUAUUUUCAUCAAUGUUCCUUUCUGGUACUAUGCUCUCAAUGCACUGUUAUCUCCAUUCUUAACUCAAAGGACAAAGAGCAAAUUUGUGGUUGCUCGUCCUGCUAAGGUCACUGAAACACUGAUCAAGUACAUUCCGAUUGAGGAGAUCCCAGUUAACUAUGGUGGUUUCAAGAGAGAGAAUGAUUCUGAGUUCUUUGGCCAAGAUGCUUCUGUUUCAGAACUGUUUCUUAAGGCUGGAUCAACUGCAACUAUUGAGAUUCCUGCAUUGGAGGUUGGAAACACUUUGUGCUGGGACUUGGCUGUUUUGGGUUGGGAGGUAAGUUACAAAGAGGAAUUUGUUCCCAAUGAUGACGGCUCAUACACAGUCAUUGUUCAAAAAGGGAAGAAGAUAGGUUCACAAGAAGGACCUAUUAGGAACACUUUCAAGAACAAUGAACCAGGGAAGGUUAUCCUCACAAUUAACAAUUCAUCAAACAAAAAGAAGAGGGUUCUGUACCGUUACAAGACCAACAAAAGCUUACCUUAAGAAUUCAAUUAUGAUGUUGUAAUUUUUGUUCCAUUGUGUGUAUUUGGUUUCAUUUAGAUUUUGAAAGUAGGUGAAAUGUGUGAAGAAGAGUUUUGAAGACUGAUAAAUGCAUUCUUUCAUUCGUUAUUACAUAUUUUGAUUCAUUUUCUGCGCCAAUGAUGUAUCUAUCUCAUCUUAUUUUGAUGUGAAUAAUUUUCUUGAA